ACAGUUUCUUGCUAGCUCUCGCCGGGGUAGGUUGUGCCUCCUUGAUCUAUUUCGCCUGUCGGAAUAUUAUCAGACGCAUUCACGGAAGUUUGUGGACUGUGCAUCCUCUCGUCCUCUUCAAGUUCUGCUCCUGACGGCCAAGUGACCCAAAGCAAAAUUGUUGCUUAAGGACAACCUCGAAUAUCUCCAGACCCAAAGCUUCGCAAAUCAAACAUACUUAUACUUGCUCCAAGAUGCUGGCACUCAGAGCUCUCGUCGUGUUGGCACUUGGCACUAUGGCCUCGUCCUCUGCCAUCCCUAUUUGGGAGCUUCUGACUCGCCAGGAAAAGAUGGGUCGCUUGAUGUACGUGUUCAUCCACCUAGUAGACCAGUACUGCAAGGAUUCCAACAUACCUGACUGUCGCAAAGUGUUGACGCUCUAUGGUAUGUCCAACCUGGUCAACGAGGAAGACAACUCCCUCGACCUGAUGGACCCCUACCAGAGCAACUCCAAGGGUAUCAUCUGGGAGAAGGUCAUGAAGGGCGACUUUAAGCUCCCGUCCUACAAGACUUUUUACACUGAGGAUAUCUCCACUAGUAAUGAAGAUUACGAUCAGAUGAACGAGGUUCAGGACGGGCCUUACCCUUCCGUUUUUGGAAGCCACAAGACUGCCAACGACCCUCAUCCUUAUGCUGUCCGCGUCCCUGCCCCUGUUAAAUUUGCUAACGCCCAUGCCACCAGCAGCCAUCCAUACGCCGUACGGGUGGCUCCCCCCACUGAGGUAGCUGGCCAGACUUCAGGACCCUCCGGCAUCAAACCUAGUGCUGACUUCGAGCCUAUGAUGACUGAGAGCCGCACUUCGACUUCCUUUGUCCACCGCUUGUUGCCUGGUCCCUCUGCUCCGAGGCUUGCACGCUUCAGACGUAACGUCUUCCCGGAGGAGGAGAUGAAGGAACUGCUCUCGCAGGUCUUCACCAAGUGAAGAGUUAUGGAAUUUCUACCUAGUACCUUCUCCCUCCUCCGCUGCUGUACAGUUAGAGGUAGCCAGAGGUAUGUGCAUCGACCACCAGCAGCUUUCUGAAUGCUGCGGACCUCUGACCACUGUGCCAAUGCUUUAAGACUUGCAGUCGAGGACGCUUCCUAAAGAAAAACCUGUGUUCCAAUUAUAAGAGGCUUUGUAGACAGUAAUGCUUUAUUGUUAUUUAAGUGGCGAGUCUGCCAUUGUAUAUACAAAUGUAAAUACUUUAUUUAUGUCUGGUGUAUAUCUAGUCAACAACGUCAGAGCUGUGUGCCAAAGGGUAGAUGGAAACCUGCUUCCAGUCGACCUUUGAAGGCUAUCAUGAGAGGAGGAUCGCGCUGCGAGGGGCGGCAUUCGGUGUUUGAUUCUGAUUUUAUCUGACCAGAAAAUGUAUUCAAUGCAUGAGGCUACAGUAGCUCCUGAAGCUGGAAACUUUGGGAGGUCUCAAGCCCACCAGCUGCACUACACUUUGCACAAUGAGUUGCGACAUCGGAUGCAUUCCACAAGAACCUGGCCUUCAGCGCCUAACACUUUCCUCCCAAUCUGUUAUCAGCGUUAUUUUGUAAUGCUGAACGAAUCAAGAUUCAUUACCAUAAUAACAUUCAUUUAUCAACCACGAGCUGUUACUCUUCAUCAUUCACUAUUAUUUAUCAUCAAUGACAACUACAGUAAUUGUAUUCUUUUGCCGCUAUUACAUUCAUGAUCCAUGGCCACCGACUGUUCUUGUCAGUGAUACCAAGAACAUUUAUUCUAUACACUCAUCAAGACUGGAGAGACAUAUGACUUCCAAACCAUUUUCAGACUAAAAAAAUAAUGUAUUAAAGUCUCAACAUAACGAAGAAGCUAUAGUGGGGCCCACUACAGAUCCGUGGACUCUGAGCUCUGCUACUCAAAAUCUUCUAUACACAAGAGAAACAAAGCUUCGCACCUUCGUCCAAGUAUGAAGAUGAUGUUAACAUCCUACAGACGUUAAGGUCAUGUUUACCUACAGCAGAAAGUAGCUACACUCGGCUUCGGGUCGACUCUCUCCAACAUGCUCCAUAUUGUUAUUGUUGCGAUUUUCAUUAUAUUGCAUUCUUCAUUCUGUAUUAUAAUCAUCUGGAAUAAUGUUUGUAUAAAUAUUGUAAAAUAAACGAUUUUGUUAUGGUUGUAAA